UUAUUGACGUUACUUUUCGUUUCAAAGGGAGGAGUCUGACGUUAGCUGCUUACAUUUACUAAAGUGUCAUGUUUGUGGAAUUUACAGUAAAUUUGCAGCAUGAAUGACAUUAGGCAACCGCAUUUUAGUAAUUGUAUGUUAUCGAUAUAACGGUGUUAGGCGACUGCUGGCAACUUUGGACAAAACAUCGAAGGAAAUUGGCGGAACAGGAAGGCGGAACAAAACGGAAACAAAUACCCCAAAGCCAGCCAUUACAUAACUGCACAGUUCGUGAACACCAUCUUUUGACUGCUUCAAAUAUAACGGUUAUUAAUUCAUCCAACACGUUGAAAGCUAAUCUUCCCGGGAUCUCGGCGCGCAACCAUGUCCAUGGCCCUGAAACAAGUUUUCAACAAAGACAGGACAUUCCGGCCCAAGCGCAAGUUUGAGCCCGGCACGCAGCGCUUUGAGCUGCACAAGAAGGCCCAGGCCUCUCUGAACGCUGGCUUGGACCUAAAGCAGGCCGUGCAGCUUCCCCACGGGGAGGACCUCAACGACUGGGUUGCUGUCCAUGUCGUCGACUUCUUCAACCGCAUCAACCUCAUCUACGGUACCAUCAGCGACUCCUGCACCGACCAGACCUGCCCCGUAAUGUCUGGCGGGCCCAAGUACGAAUAUCGCUGGCAGGAUGAACACAAGUACAAGAGGCCCACCGCGUUGUCGGCCCCCAAAUACAUGAGCCUGCUUAUGGACUGGAUCGAGGUACAGAUCAACAAUGAAAACAUCUUCCCCACCAAUGUCGGUACUCCAUUCCCUAAGACCUUCAUGCAGGUGGCUAAGAAGAUUUUAUCCCGCCUAUUCCGGGUGUUUGUCCACGUCUACAUUCACCACUUUGACCGCGUCAGCCAAAUGGGGGCAGAGGCUCAUGUCAAUACCUGCUACAAGCAUUUCUAUUACUUUGUCACAGAGUUCAACCUCACCGACCACAAGGAGCUGGAGCCUCUGAAAGAGAUGACCUCUCGGAUGUGCCACUGAGGGGGGCCAAGCUGGUCUGUGGACACACACACCGGACAAUCCCAUCCGUCCAUCGAGGGGGGAGGGGGGGGGGGGGAACUGCAGUUGAGAUCUUAAAUGACAAAUACAUUCACAAAGAUUCUAUUUUUAUAUUUAAGUACUGUAAUCUAUUUUAGCUACAGACUGUAGGUUUUAACCAAGGAGCUCAACUUUUAAGUGGAAAAUCGAAAACAUUUGUAUCAGAGUAAGUAUUAAAAGGUCUAUGUUGUUUUUAUUUGAAUUUCAGAUCAUUCCAGCAUGCUUUUGCUUUUUCCUAUCCAAAAACUCAGUGUGAUUUCUUACUGUACAGCUGUAUGAUCACUUUGUUGUUGCAUUAAAAGUUCCUACUCUAUUCCAAA